AAAAUAAUGAUAAUUUAAAUCAGGAAUUAUUGGAUGAUUGUAAUAUGGAUACUAAUAACACCGAUAAAAUGUCGACAGAUGAAAUUAUAUCUCCUCGUUCUAUGAAUCUUCCUAUCUCUCAAAAAAAUUUUCAAAUCCUACUUGUUAAUGAUAAUACUGAUAUCCGAGAUUAUCUGGCAGAUUUAUCGAAUGAAUUUGAUGUACUUCGUGCUUGCAGCUGCCAGGAAGCCAUACAGAUUUUAAAAAAUCUUGAUAAACUGCCAGAUUUAAUACUUAUCGAUGUUAUGCCGAAUGGAUGCGAUUUAUUAGAUAUACUAAAGUCCGAUACAAAAACACAAUCAAUACCUGUGAUCUUAUUGUCCACAGAAGAUAUAGAAAAAUCUAGUAUUGAUGAAUCUAAUAAAAAAGCAAAUGAUUAUUUAAUAAAACCAUUUACUGUUCAAGAGCUAAUAUCCCGUAUUCAUGUUAAUAUCGAACAUUCACAACUUCUUCGGGAAAUAUUAUUACAAAGAAAUAAAAAUGAUGAAAUAAAUCAAUUAUUACUUUCAAUUUCAAAUAAUAUCCUUUCCGGAGUUAAUUUAAAGGCAAUUCUUUCUAAUGUUAUUAAAGAAAUUCAACAUAUAUUACCUUGUAAAAGAAUUUCAAUUAUUUCUUUUGAACCAACUCAUUUAAUUGUUUCUUUAUGUGAAGAUUCAUCAAAAGUUACAACGAUAAUCGAACCAAUGAUAGAAAUUUGUAAUAAAGAUGAAUCAUUAACGACUAUCAACUCAUCGAAAUUUAUGAAUAAUAAUAUUGGAGUAGAAAUUUUGACUGAUGUAUAUUGUAAAGAUAGUCACAAAAAUGUAUCUAUAUUAUCUAUAGAAAUAAGAACGAAUGAUAAUUGUUGUGGAUGGAUAAAGAUAUAUAGAUUACCAAAUUCUAUUUGGUUAAAUUCUGAGAUAGAAUUAUUACAACAAAUAUCAAAUCAACUAAGUUUUGCAAUUAUCCAUAAUAAAUUAUUAGAAGAAGGUUUAGAACAAGAUCUACAAAUAAAAGUUGCUGAAGAUGCGAAUCAAGUCAAAAGUCAGAUAUUAGCUACUACUUCUCAUGAAUUACGAACUCCAUUGGGUGCAAUAGUAGGAAUACUAUCUUCUUUAGAGAAUACUGGCUUGAAUGAUAACGAUCAAAGGGACAUGAUAAAUAUUAUGGCACGCGCUUCAGAUGAUGUACUGUCUAUAAUCAACACUAUUCUAGAUGCAGCAAAAAUAGAAGCUCAAAAAAUCACAUUAGUGAACAGUCAAUUUCACUUAUUAAAUUUAUUAUCGGAUACAAUUGAGACUUUUGGAGAAGAUGCUGGAAAUAAACAAAUUGAAUUAAUUAUGAACUGUGAUGUAGAUACUUUUCCAAGUUAUGUUAUAAGUGAUCCUAAAAGGUUGAAACAAGUUUUAAAACAUUUACUGCAAAACUCUGUUAAAUUUACCAAGAAAGGUGAAAUAAUUAUGAAUACUUUAAUUCAAUCACGAGAAGUUAUCGAUGAAAAUCCAGAGAGUCCAUCUUAUGGUCAAACUAUUAAAAAAGAUUGUUUACUUAUCGAAUUACAUGAUACUGGAAUUGGUAUUGAUCCUGAAUUUAUUGAACAUGUUUUUGAGAGCUUUUCAAAAGCUGAUACAUCAAUAACCAGAACAGAAGAUGGUACAGGUCUUGGUCUCUCAAUUUGUAAAAAUCUAGUAGAAAUUAAUGGUGGUGAAAUUAAAGCAGAAAGUCAAUUAGGAAUAGGAAGUAAAUUUUGGCUUACAUGGAAUAUUGAAUUAUUAGAAAAUUUGUCUACUUCUUAUUUAGGAACAUUAUUUAAUGAUGAAAUAAGUCAUUUUUUACCACUUUCUAUUAGAUCAAAACGAAUAUUAAUAAUCCAUCCUAAUGAAAGUGUGAGAAAUGCAAUAACUAAAUAUUUUAAAGGUACCGAAAGAGUUGAUGCAUUUGAAACUUUUGAUCAAGGUAUUCAAAAAGUAAAAGAUAAUACAGAGUUAUAUAAACAAUUCAGUUAUGAUAUAAUAUUUAUUGGACUUUAUGAAAAAAAUGAAGAGGAAGUAGUGAAAACCGUAUCAGAAUUAAGAAAAAUAGAAUUUAGUAGUAAUAAUUCAUUAAAUUCGUUAGUGAUAUUUAUAGUAUUCCCUAGUAUUAAAGGUAAAGAAUUGGCAGAGAGAUUAAUUAAAAAUGUCGAAGGACAAAUUAAUAUUCUUUAUACACCACUUACAUGGAAAAAGAUGGUUUCUCAAUUUUCAUGUGCUGAGAAUGAUUUUAACAAACAAAUUUGUAGUAAAUCAAAUAUUAUUAAUGAUUUAAAUGUGAGUGGAAGUGAUACUAGAAAUAUACCUGUUUCAAACAAAAAAUGUAUUUUAUAUGUGGAUAAUAAAAUUAACCUAAAGAUCACAUCGCAGAAAAUUUCCGAACUUGGAUAUUCAGUUAUCUCUGUUACUAGUGUUAAAGAUGCAAUAAAUAUUAUUAAAACAGAGUUUGGAAUAAUAAAUAAUAUUUGCUCAAAGACCAGCAGGAUUUCAAUGAUUUUAAUAGACUAUAAUUUAUCAAAACUAUCAGAUUCUAAUAUUUCGCAAGUAAUUAGAGCUAUGAGUUCACCAGUUUCAAAUAUACCGAUCGUUGCUAUAACAGAUUUAAUUACAGAAGAAAUACGUAAUAAAUGCAUUGAUUCUGAUAUAAAUGAUUGCAUUUUAAAAUCUUCAAGUACAGAACAAUUUGAGAAAAUAUUGAUUCAAUGGAUCAGUAAAGAUUAG